AUGAUUCAAUCACAACGUCAACCGACGCCAUCCUCUUCCUUGUCUUCAUCCUCCUCCUCUCCGAAUAAUCCCUCAUCAAGUGGUGGCGGUGAUUCCAUUCAAUCAAUCUCAUCGCCACCACUCCGAGAUGCCAUCCUCGCAACAUCAACUUUGAAUUCAUUUAAUUUUCAUCAUCAUCAUCAUUUGAAUUCAUCAUCGGGAACGAUUGGUAGUUUGAUAGAAACAGAAGGAAUAAACUCAACAAUGGUUCCUUCUUCUUCUUCCUCUCCAUCGACUGUAGAAUCUCAAGAUCUUGAUAGGAAUAAGAGUUAUUACAAUAAUUUACGAGAAAAUCCCGAACAAUUGAAACACUUACCUACAUUGCAUCAUUUGGAUACACCAACGUUGAGUAAUGAUGGUUUUGGAUCUUUUGUUUCUGAUGAGGACGAUGAUGAGGAAUUUUUGAGCAAUAGUGAUGAUGAUGAGCCACUGGAACACAUAAUUUUGAUUAAUGACACGAAGUCAAACAAUGAUGUUCUAUCACCAACACAACACGUAGUUUUGCAUAAUCAUGAAAUGAAAGAGCCUUUGACUGAUCCGUCGUCGUCGUCACCGUCUUCACAAGUUUAUAAUUUUACUCUCUCGAAAGCACGAAAGAAAAACAAAUAUUUAACCAUCGAUUCAGUCGAAGAUUUUGAUGUUCCAGGAUUUAAUCCAUUGGAUGUGAGACAAAUCUACGCUGAAAAUUGGAUUGUUAAAUAUUCCUCUCAGAUUAUUGGUAGUGGCCUAACAUCGUCACAACAUGGCAAAAAAACAUUUGACUUGUACAAAUUCUUUUCAAAAAAAGAAAAAACUCAAUCAUCAUCAAGAACCUGA